AUGGACGCGAGCUGGAACGCCUUCUGGGGGCAACUUGGGCCCUGCCCCGGCUGCGGCAGUGCCUGCUACGAUACAUGCAUCUUUAUCAAAGACAACCGCUGCGCUGCCCGCGAGAAGACGCGGGCCGCGGCGGCAGAUCUCAAGUCGGCUGUGCACGAAGUCAGCCAGCUGAACAAUGCCCUCUCGGCCCUCUUGAAAGAAGAAGAACGCCUGCGCCAGACGUUCGCCCGCGAAGACGCCUACAUCGCUUCAAUCCAUGCCGCGCUCGAGGAGGCAUACAGCCGCCGCGCAGCAGCGAAAGAGGCGCAUGCUGCGCGCUGGAGCGACGCGAGGAAGCUCCGCACCGAUCGCGAGGCCGCGAUUCAGAACGCGGCUGAGUCGACUUCUCGAUUGCGUGAGAGUCUUUUGGGUAUGCAGCAUGCACUCGCGGGGCAUCCGGUCCUGAAUGAGGGCUCGGAGCAGUGGGGCGGAUCUGAGGAGGACAAGGAGAACGAGAGACCUACCACGGUGAGAAGACCCGUUCUUGCAGAGGCCUACAAUGUGCUCACGCACCCGCGCCAGAUGCAGCCUAUAUGGAAGUCUGAAUACACCGGUGGCUUCGGGCCCUGGGACCCAACGCCCUGCAGAUGCUGCGGACGAGUCGGGAAGCACAUCAUCCUCGGCCACAGAGGCUGUGCAGAGAUGGAACUCGAAUCCGCCACUGGUGCGCGAGUCCUGACGGAUCGCGCGUGGGGACGCCUACGGCGCAUCAUCAAAGACGCGGAAGAGAAUAUUGAAAAGUCGGACGAAGAAUGCAGAGUCGCAGACAAUGUCGUGAACGAGUUGCUCAGUGCUAUUGCCAAGAGCGAGCACAGGGCAAUCUCCCCCACCAUCCUCGGUCCGUUGAGAAGGGCGUUGCGCGCGGCGGAGACCACCCGCGACAACGUCGUCGAAACGCGCACGGAGCGGACGAGAGUGAUGGCCUCGUUGUAUCGACAGAGGAUGGCAAUGUGCGACUUGUUGAAUGUGGCCGAAGUUCGCGUAGGGUUGGCCACAAAAGCGUGUGAUGACAUCAACCCGACUAGUCGAGACAUCAGCCGAGACGCCCGAUUGAGACAGCCGGGGAGCACGAGUCAAAGAGUUGAGGAACGGGCGAGGUGGUGGGAACAGGCCGAGUUCGCCGACCCGGAUGUGCUCGGAGAGGAACAAGAGGAACGAUACCAGUACUUCUUGGAUGACUGGACGAUGCGCCGGCGAGGGUGGGAGUACAGCAUGCGGAGGACCCACGACGACGGCGACGACGACGACGAGGCGGCGCGAUGGGCCGCCGCUACGCAGACGUCCACUCCGACCGACUCCCUGACGCCCGUUCACUCGAUCAAGGUGGAAGAGGUGGACUCUGACAAUGCUCCUACGCCUGCGUCGUCACCGCCCGAGACGAUGUCAAGUCCCCGCAGGCUGCUGUGGGGUCAUACCAAUGACUGGGCGACACGAGGCACCGUGAAGCGCGAGGAGGGUAUCCUUCCGGCCUCUGAUGAUUCGAUAGAGGAGGCGUUGGGCCGCGCAUUCAGAAACAUAAAGAGACCCGGCGGUGCUGGGGCUACCACGGCAACGGGCCGAGCCCGACGAACCGCGCCUCGGCAGAAGCGACGGACCAAGCCAUACUAG